UGCGCAGUGCUCGCCCGCCCGUCCCCACAGGCCCGGCCGCGCUGGAUGAUCCGGCCCGGGCCUCCAAAUCCUCCUCUUCCGCCACCAUGGCGUUCACGUUCGCCGCCUUCUGCUACAUGCUGGCCCUCCUCCUCACCGCCGCCCUCAUCUUCUUCGCCAUCUGGCAUAUUAUAGCUUUUGAUGAACUGAAGACUGACUACAAGAAUCCCAUAGACCAGUGUAAUACGCUCAACCCUACAGUUGAAAAGGUUAAAAAGAUUAAAAGAGUCAAAAUUGCAUUAAAGCUUGUACUUCCGGAGUAUCUGAUCCACGCGUUCUUCUGUGUCAUGUUUCUCUGUGCAACGGAGUGGCUCACACUGGGUCUCAAUAUGCCGUUGCUUGCUUAUCACAUUUGGAGGUACAUGAGUCGGCCUGUGAUGAGCGGACCCGGGCUCUAUGACCCUACCACCAUCAUGAACGCAGAUGUUCUAGCAUAUUGCCAGAAGGAAGGAUGGUGCAAACUAGCAUUUUACCUUCUAUCCUUUUUUUACUACCUAUAUGGCAUGAUCUACGUUUUGGUGAGUUCUUAAAUGAAGGCGCCCUGCGGACUUGGUUCCAGCGAAGUGCAUGCCGAAAAGCCGCAAGACACGGGAUCGUUGUCCAAGAAGAAUCUCUGAUCAAGAUUUUAGCCAUGGAAUCUGAAGAUCACAGUCGCGAUGGGGGGGGGGGUGGUGGUGAUGGAAAAACAAGAUGACUCCCUUUCUCGCCCUCCCCUCCUUCCUCAAAAACGUGUCCACAUUUUUAAUACUCACGGAAAGACUGUUUUAGUUUUUGGUUUUGUUUUGUUUGUUUUUUUUAAAAAAAAAUAUGCUGGGAUGUUAUAAAUUACAAAAAUUACAUAAAUUAAUGUCGAGCA